ACCAAUUUUUUGUAAAUUGUUGUUUUAUUAAUGAGAAAUUAUUCUAUGUUGAGUAAGAGACAUUCACUACUGCCGAGAUGCUCGUCAUUUUAGCAUAGGUGGCUGUCUUGAAAUUCUGUUUGACAGGUCACAGGUUUUGUAAAAACGAGAGGGUUGAAGUGGUAUUAUAGAAAACAAUAAAAUAUGUAUCGUUAAGUUAAGGAAAAUCUUUUAUUUUUUUUUGUAAUGAUACGGAGGACUUGAGUAUGUCUCUGUAUAGAAGAAAAAUUUUAGAUUUGUCCAAUCAAAAAUAUAUGGACGAUUAUGAAAGUCGGUUAGAACAAGCGGAAAGUGGCAUACGGGAUUUAAACGUUGACCUUUCGAAAAUACGUUCUGGUGAUGCUUUAGUUGGCAAAAAUAAACGUGACACUUUUCUACCAUGUUCUCCUCAUUCCAAAAAUGAACUUUCUAGGGAUUCUAGAGUAAAAGAGGACACGUUAAAAUGUUUCAGUAGAAACACGCCGUUUAAGUCAAAAACUGUUUCUUCCAAAUCACCACAUUUACCCAAUGAUGAGAAGAACUUCAGUCCAGUUUUACGUGAUUUUUCACGUCAUAAUGUUAAUCCAUACGAACCUCCGAAUUCGAGCGACCGCUUGUCAUCAAAACUUCGUAACAAAGCUGACAACGAUAAUUCUGAGCGUUUACGACAGUGCUAUCCAACAGUUACUAAUGAUUCCUACAAAAAUGACGAUUGUUAUUUUAAGCAAAAAGAUUAUACAACAAAAGCUCCGCAUUUUAAAUAUCAGCAUGAUGGACUUUCAACAUUGAAAAGAACGGAAAGCAACGAAGGCGUCAAUAGUGAGAGACAGUAUAAUAAAGACUCUACUCACUGUAUUUUACCAGCUUUGAUGUCCCCAUCUAGCUAUACAAAGAGCCCUUCGCAAUUAAAAAAGCAUCCUUAUGAUUUCAGCUUUUCGGACACGCAAAAUCAUCGUUUGUCUUUACGUAUGCUAGAUAAAGAAGCUGAAGAACGAAUAUCCAAUGAAACUGAAAAAAUAUUUAAAAAAGCCAAUGAUGAUCUUUUAAAACAUAAACGUGAUAUGGAUAGUCUAUAUGGAACGAAAUUGAGCAGCUUUAGAAGAAAAACUUUUGAUGAUCAGUCUGAGGCCAUUCAUGAAAUGAAAAACUUGGAAGCGAAAUUUCACGAACAAGAAUCGCAAGUGUUUCAGUGGAGAGAAAAAUAUACGGACCUUAGUAAAGAUUAUGAAGAAGCUCUGCAUCAACUUACUAUCAUAAAAACUAAAUUAGAAAGAGUGGAGAGGUAUAAAGAACAAGCGGAUGCCGCAACGAGUGAAUUGCAAAAACAAUAUUCUAUUAUAAAAAAUGAUUUCGAUCGUUCCGAACUUUUGUUACUUCAUCAAAAAGGCACUAUUGAAAGGCUUCAAAGUGAUGUCGAUAAUAUGAUAGAAUUAAAAUCUAAUGAAACGAAUGAAAAGAAAGCAUUAGAAAAACAAGUUGAUGUUUUAAAUAAAGAAAAAGAAGUAUACGAAAAAGAACUCAACCUACUGAAGUCGACAUGUGACACAUUUGAAACCAAAUACUCGGAAUGUUUUAAAAAUGUUAUUUCUUUACAAACGACGGUGGAUGAACAGACUGAAUAUAUCCAAAAAUUAGAGAAAAACUGUGCACAACUUGAAGAUGAUCUUGUUCACAAAAAACAGUCUGAAAUUUGUCAUAUGCAAAUGAUUGAAGAGCUUAAAGAAAAAGAUCGCCUUUCUCAACAACAACAACGACUGCUGCUUCAGAAAUGUACUGAAAGUGAAGAAAUUCAUCAACAAACAUCUUCUUUACAAGAUCAAUACGAAUCUCUAAAAAAAAAACAAAGUGCAACAGAAGAGGAAUUAGUAACAGCAACGCGUGAAAUUAAACGUCUUUUUGCGUUAAAUGAACAAUACGCUGUGGAUUUAAGAACUUGUCAAAAUGAUAAUUUAUUACUAACACAAGAAAACGUCAAAUUACGCAAAGAUUAUGAAGGGAUAAAGAAAUUAUCUAAUUCCAAUCCUAUUGUUAAUAAUGUCGCCUAUUCUUUAACAACAAAACCUUGUACAAGGUUCACUUGCAAUGAAUGGGAUAACAACCGCUCUAUAACGCAACAUGAUUUUCACACAACUACCAUCCAAACUCCCCUGCAUACUAAGCCAAUAGCUCAAGAAAUACCACCUAUACUUCAAGGCGGGACUUCCCCUCAAUUUCAGGAUUCUUCCAAGACAUUAAUGUCAAAUGAAAAAAACAAUUCAACAAAUGACACAAUGUGCUCUAACCAGCCUGAUACUACCUACAAUAUUUAUCAGAUAGAAGCAUUAAAAAAACAACUUAUUCUAUUAGAAGCUGAAAAAAACCAACUCGAAUCCGACUUGGGUAAAAUACCACAAAAAUAUUACGGAAGAAAUUGUGAGCGAUUCAAUCAAAUCAAAUUAGAGCGGGAAUUGGUUGAGGUCGAUGCAAGUAUUCACCGAAUACGUCAAGAACUUCGUUUUUGUGGCAAUUUCAAAAAACAACAAUUUUCUUAUGUUUAACAAUACACACACAUUUUAAGCAGAGCGUUAUCAAAUCAUGUUUCAAUACGUGUUGACUAACAUCUUUGUUUUAAAACUCCUUGUGUUGUUCAAUUUCGCUAGUUUUUCCGUUAGUGUAUUCGGUUUAUCGGACACUCUACUUGAUUAGAUUGCUUUUUGAAAAAAUUACAAACUUGAUACAAAGUGAAAAGUUUUCUACGUA